CUUUCCAUAUUAACAAUUUUGUUUCAAGUUUUAGUUUCCCCAAAAUUUCAUCCACAAUUUCGAAACUUGGCCCUCCAUUUUGCGAAAUCGUCUCCACAAAUAUGCGAAAUAAUGUCGUACCCUACUUUCUCCUCGAAAAAUGCGUUACUUUCUCCCCUUUCCAUCCUCGUCUGCGAUCGAUCUUUUAUCUUCAUAAUUUUGAACGCUGUAAUCACCAUUGUUUCUGCGCUGUUAAAUAUUUUUGCGUAUUUUAGCGUUUCCAAGGGUCAGCGGUACGGCCGGAGCAGGAUCGCGCACCUCGUCCGAGUCCUGACCGUGGCGCAGCUGGUCAUCACGGUGAGCUUGAUGAUGCUCGAGGUCGUGUGGCGGCUGCCGAUGGGGUCCAGGGUGAAGAGGGUGUGGUGCAUGGGGGCUCAAUUCGUGCGGGAUUGUGCGCUCUAUUUGACUUCGGAAAUCAUCGUGGGAAUCAGUCUGGAUAGAUGGUUUGAUUUCGUACAUCCCUUGAACUCGUGUUGUACAGGGGUGAGGAGGAAGGGGACGGUCUGGGUGGAAAUGGUGAUUGCGGGGUGCUUGGCGUCGCCACAGAUUUUUGUGUUUGGAAAAAAGGAUGUCCACCAUUCCUUCACGAUUUUCUGCGCUGUACAAACUUAUCUUCACCCAAACGAGCAGAAUUCCAUCGUGUACAGUAUACUUUCACUCUUAAUUCUUUACCUGGUUCCCUUGGUGACGAUGCUAUUUUGCUAUUCGAGCAUUGUAUGGACGGUGAAUAACGAGUACGGAUCACGAAUGAAAGAUUUGGGGUAUUCGUCUGCUGGGUACCACCCCUUCCACGGGGGACACAUUACCCUCCUCUCGGGUAAACAGUACUUUACCGUCGCGCCAGAACCCAUCAUUUAUCGAGGACGGGAGGUAGCGUUCAGACAGCGAAAUCCGAAUGGGACAAUCACAUAUUCUGGAAUUAAUUACUACGAGAUCGGAGUAACGUUGAGCCAGGCAAGGGUGAAAGCGACAAAAUUAGCGGUCCGGCUCGUUUCUUCAUUCGUGAUUUGUUGGACUCCUUAUGUCGCGAUGUAUUUGUGGUACAUGAUUGACGUUGAGAGCGCGAUGCACGUGUCGUCCUGGAUUCAAGAAGGUGUCUUCCUUCUCGCCUCGUCAAACUCGAUCGCAUUUCCACUCCUUUAUGCGACCAGUGGGGACAAGGGGAAAUUGCUGCGGGAAGCGUGUCUCUGCUGUGGAAAACACCCACCCAAGAAAAAGCAACCGGAACAACGGAGAGGGAGGAGCAAGACGAGGGGAAGACGGCGACGUCCCCCGCGGCGACAGUAUGUCGACACAUUUCCAUAAUUCCACUGAAUUACAUUAGGCAGACUUGGGCGAAACCGGAAUUGAUUGUAAAAGAUAAACUUGAAUUUAUUCUGUGGUAAAAUGUACAUACUUAGCUCUAAUACACGUGUCGAAAUUAUGUUACCUGCGAGUAGUACACCAAGUAGAUUUUACUUUCUCAUGUAACUUGGACAGGUAAAUACAUAUGUAGUCAUGGGAUUAUUCUAAUUUUUUGAAGUAAUUAACUUGUCAAAUAGUCUUACGUAUUUACGUAUUUGUCAACGUUAAUGAAUAUUUACGUAAAACCAAUUAUUCCGAUUUCGUCAUACUUUAAGAACCUAUUCGCGUAUAAAUAUUUAGUGACGUAAAGCACUACAUAUUGCACUACAUUGAAGACAAUAAUUCCUGAAGUACAUAUAUAUUAAUCAUAACUUUAAUUUGAGUCUGCAAAUAUUUUUGCGCAUGUAAGGACGUAGCUUUAGUUAGCAAUUGUUGUAUCUACCAGAUUGCACGAGUUAUAUAUGUAUGACAGGUAAAUAAGUACUUAUUUACCUGUAAGUACUUAUUCACAUAUGUGUAGUAAUUGUACGCCAGUGUGUCAUGCAUAUUUAUUCGUACAUUUGCGAAAAAUUCUAUGUGUUGUGUGUCAUGAUAUCUACGCAUUUCAAACAUUUAUCCACCUCGUGAUAAGACUCGAAGGUGACCUUGAUCCCAAUCCUUCUUAUGAUUGAUGGAUUAGGUCCUGAAAUAUGGCACGAAUUGCAUUAUCGAACAAAGACGAGCGAGAUUUUACAUGUUUACACAAAGAUAUGCUCUACUUACUUAUGGGCAGAGGGGAAAGCAGGCAACAGGUUGUAAGUAAGAAGGGGAGAGAGAUCACGCUACCCGGGUUUCUGUGGGGAUGGAAGUCUAGGUAAAUAAGGUGAAAGCACAGGUGGUGAUUGAAUUUAAGGAGAAAAGAGGCACUCAAACUCCACUUUCUCCCCUUUUACUUCUUACAAGAAUAAUUAGAUUUAGUUAUUCCACGGCAUGAACGUCGUACAUACUCUGAUGGAUUUUGAUUCUGUUGGAUCUACGGGAACAUGUGGAACGAACGUGUACAUUAUAAAAUGUGAAAAAAAUGUAGUGAUGAAAUGACCAGGGAGAAAGUUGAGGAAGUUUGACAUGAUUCAUAUAUCUGUAAAACUACUUAGGUUUAGAUAGCUGUAAAUGGGUUAUGAACUUGUAACGAGUUGGAGGUAUGACGGACUUACAUAUGGGUUGUAAUCGUAGUUAAUUCAACUUGUUCAAUUAGUAUGUAUUUAAUAUGUUUGGCUCUAUUUAUUAGGAGUAUCCAUAAGUUGUAUUCGUAGAGUAUGCAUAAUUACAUUUUACAUUAGUAAUUUAUGAAGUAAGAAAUUCAAACUAGUGGCGUGUAGGAAUCGGCCUUCUAUUACAGGAUACAUACAUGUACAUGAUGCAUGUGAGACAUUAUUUACAUACAUAUGUAUGUAUUAUAAUUAUACGACAGAUCAAUGAAUUUAGCAAUUAGGGAAACAUUAGAGAAAAAUAGCCGGCGAAACGCACAAACUUGCGAAUAUAUUCGUUGUGAUCUACAUAUACACAAUUUGAACAUAUGAAAAUUUAUAGGUAUGUACAUAUUUAUGUAUGUACAUUCACAUUAAGUACUUCAAGUAUUAACUUAUUAAUUUAACUUAACACGUAUAAAUAAUUAUUUUUAAAUUAAUUGAUGAAUUAAUUAACAAUUAGGGAUUAUGUGUAGUUUUUAGAUAUGUAUUAUGUUAAUUAAUAGUUCUAACUUUGAUGCUAACAAAGAGAGGAUAAGAAAGAAAGGAAGCUAUUUCCAUAAAACAGUUAGGUAUUCAUAUGUACUUAAAUAUUAAGGAACAUUCGACUCCCAUUUGUUACUUCGUUUUCAAUGGGUAAGCAUCAUGAAUGUACAAAUUGUAUGGUUACAAGCCAAACUAUGACAGAAUUUCUCAAGUAAUUAUUACAUUUGGUUAGCAGUGAAAAUAUUAC